AUAAGUAGUGAUGUGCACGGUUACCAACUCUCCCUAGUCACUCCCAUCUUUCUUGAUAAACAUUAAGAGGCAAGUAGACACAAAAAUUCCCUGCAAUGGAGGGCAAGAGAAUGAAAGAUAAUGCACAGAUUGAAAAGGGCACAACUGAAAAUGAAAAUGGAAGCUCCACCAUGCGCACGGUGGAGACACUUCUGCGCAUCCUGCCGAUGGCUCUGUGUAUGGGGGCGCUAGUCAUCAUGCUCAAGGAUUCACAGAUUAAUGAUUUUGGAUCCUUGCACUAUUCUGAUAUUGGUGCUUUCAGAUAUUUAGUGCAUGCUAGUGGCAUUUGUGCUGGUUAUUCUCUUCUCUCUGCCGUCGCUGCCGCCAUACCAAAGCAAUCGACCAUGUCACGAGCCUGGACAUUCUUCAUUCUCGACCAGCUUCUGACCUACAUGAUCCUGGCUGCGGCUGCCAUAUCGGCGGAGGUGGUGUACUUGGCCUAUAAAGGAGACGCCGCCAUUACAUGGAGCCAAGCUUGCGGAUCAUUCGGUGGUUUUUGCCGAAGGGCCACCGCAGCCAUAGCAAUAACAUUCAUUGUUACUCUUUGCUAUGCAGGGCUCACACUCAUUUCCUCUUAUAGGCUUUUCAGCAAAUAUGAUCCACCAGUUGCCCAUAAUAACAGAGGGGUUGAGAUUGCCACCUUCCAUGGCUAAUUCCGACCUCAUCUUCGGCCAAUCUCCACCAUCCACGCCCUACAGCUGAUUUUACCGUCGUCUCCUCCCAAUCUAUGAUCCUGACUAGUCUUGUAAACAGCAGUCUCCUCCCAAUCUAUGAUCCUGACUAGUCUUGUAAACAGCACAUCUAGUAAAAUGUAAAAUCUUUAUUCAAGAGUC